ACGCCGCAUAAGUAGCGGGCGUCGCGACGGUCCGUCAGUCAGUCAGCCCAGAGCAGAGCAGCCCCGACAGUGCAGCAGCGCAGGCGCCCACCGAGACACCAGCCAUGAACAUGCUCGCGGUAAGCAUGUCCCAGGUGUGCGCAGUGUUGGCGAUGCUGAGCGCCGCCGUGCUAUCGGCACCGGCAGAGCGGCAGCAAGCAGUUCCGCGCGCCGCCGCCCAGGUGGCAGCACCGGGCGAGCCGGCCGCGCGGCCUUCGGCAGACCCGGUGUCGCGGCCAGCAGGAGAAGCGAGCGCCGAACAGGAGGAGGACGACAUGGAGGCGGCGGAGGCCAUCGUGUUCCGCCCCUUGUUCGCCUACCGCCGGCGACAGCGCCAGAGGCAGCGCGCGCGCAACAACCGGAACAGGAGCGCCUACGGAGGAUACUACUACUGAAACCUUCCGCUACUGAACCUGCCACUAACCAAUAUUUAUUGCUUAUUUAUUAUUUUUUACUAUUGUAAAUAAAUAUUAUUUUGUUAUUUUCAAAACCUACUGACAUGUUACUAAAUACUUUGUAUAAAAGUGCCAAAUUUUUCUUAGUAAAAUAAAAUUUUUACCCUAA